GCAUGUUUCAGCGCGUCGCUCGCUUCCUUCCACGCCGACUCACCAAGAUGCCGUCGGCGCCACCCCGCAUCAAUUGGUCCCGCGUCACCAAACAACGGCCCAGCGCUGUGUAUGGUGCCUUGUCCAACAAAGUCGCAAGCUUGAACCUCUACAGUGUGCUCUCCAAGAUGCAGUGGACGCUCCGCCCGACGACGACGCCGGCGCGGACGUACAAGCCACGCUACGUCACCCUUGUGGGUGGCCACGCGGUGCCGUUCCAUCCGUUCGAAACGCAGGUUAGCAAAGUGCAGCGUCAAGCCCUCGGCAAAGCUCUCUUUGUGAUCCCCGAAGACUCGGACGGCGAGACCGACGACGACGACGAUGCUUGACCGCACCGGCACCGCUCGAGAACGCAGUUAUUUAUCCCGUGGUGUAGUAUCUCAGUCUCUUGGUCGACGAGGGACAAUAGUGUAAUUUUUAUUAUAAAAGAGUUGUUUUUAUAAGACAA